AUGAUCACGUUCUGUCGGGCCUUAACGGCGGUCUAUUCCGACACGAUCAUCACAAAUAUCAAGCGGCCUCACAAGGUGAGGCGUACAAACAAGGUACAGAUAGUAACCUUGGUCAUCCACUCCCAACGGAUCACCUUAUCGUUGCGGGCAUGGAACGCCGCCUUACAAACUACUCACACAUCGGGCAUUGAGCUCCUAGUCUUUCCUGGCCAGAAGGAGACUAACGGAGAAACACAAGAGUAG